UUAUAUUAAAAAAAAAAAAAACAAACUUAAUAUCAAUAAUGAAAUCGUUCGUAGUAAUCUCCGCCUUGGUGGCAAUGGCUUGCGCCGCCCCCCAGCUGUCACAGUAUCAGCAACAAUACCAAGGUCAAGUAAUUCCCAUCCUGAGUCAAUCACAGGACGUGAACUUCGACGGCUCAUACCAGUUCAGCUACGAGACCGGCAAUGGCAUCGCUGCUCAAGAACAAGGUUACCUCAAGAACGCUGGAGCUAAGGAUGCCGAAGCCCAAGUUGCACAAGGAUCUUUCACUUACACCUCCCCUGAGGGCAUCCCUAUCUCUGUUUCUUACGUCGCUGAUGAGAACGGUUUCCGCCCAGAAGGUGCUCAUCUUCCUACUCCUCCCCCGAUCCCAGAAGCCAUCCUCCGGGCUCUUCAAUACAUCGAAUCUCAGCCCCAGAAGCCCCAGCAAACCUACCAGCCCCAGCCAACCUACCAACCCCAACAAUACCAGCCUUUCCGCGGUUAAACAAUACCGGACAUCUUGACAAUACUCACACCCUUUGUACCUAUCGAUACACAUUAAUGUGUAAUAGCCAUAAGUACGAAUAACUUGUUACUGUGAUUUUUAUUAUUUAAUAAGGACUUAUAAUAUUAAAAUAAUAAAAGAAAUGUGAA